UUGGUUUGAUUGUUGAUGUAUGCAGUAUGUCAGUUGUUUCAAAGACAUUAGGUCCAACUUCAGUCUGACCAAUUACACAAAUGAUAACCCUUCCUUAAAUUUAAGGCAUGUGGAACUUAUAAUAAAUUCAUAAUUAUGAAUUUACAUGGUUUAAAAUGUUUGUUACUAACGCGUGGAUUAUGCGUUGAACAUGCGGAAUUAGACAGAUAGAAAUUAUUAGGUCUUUUUGUUAUUUAUGAUCAUUCAUCACUACUGUCAGAAUGAUUAAACUUUGCCAGUAUGUCAUCAAGGUUGCCUGUAGUGAUGCUUUAAAUCCAGCAGAUAUCGCAGCGGGGACACCUCAACGGUUUCAACGUUUCGUCACCCACGAAUCCUCAUAUUUAUAUUAUAUUUAUAUUUACAUCCUCGAAUUACGGCGCCACAGUGAAAUAAUGCCCAUAGAAUACGAGCAUAUCCUAAUAGAAAGUAAAAACUCCAAUGUAAGUAUUUUAGAUGUUUAAAAGCUACAAAUGAACAAUUUCUUUUAUCAAUAAAAAUGAGAUACCAUGGCAAAUUUAUGAUAAUGAGCAUUUAGGAAAAUAACAUGAUCAUUUGGUGAUAAAAAAGUCACGAUAAAACGCAUAGAUAUUCAGUUCACUUCUCUGGAGUCACUGCAGCCUUUACUGUCAAAAAAUGUAUUUUUUGAUGAACAGUAAUAUGAAAAGUUGUGGCAGUCUUGGAGACUUUACUCAUGUAAGAUGAACAACUUAAGUUCAUUCCGUUUUGGGUUGGGUAUAAGAGGAAAAGCCUGAUGAUCAGGUCUGUCUUGUUUUGUUGCUUAAUUACGGGAUGCAUUUUUAAGACGAGUGCUAUGACGUCAAAGAACAGGUGGACUAAGUAAAACAGACGGCCAUCAUUUGAUGCUUUUGAAACACCUACAUGGCUCUGUUACUGUCAAUAGUCUGUUGAAUGGUGCCGUAAAGUUGUUGGCUCUGACAACACGUCUGACCACACGUCAAUAUUUAUGCAGUGUAGUGUGUAUUCUUGAAAAAUUGAAAAAUUGUAACUGCAACAAAACCCAUAUUCCUUGUGGAAGAGAAUCAGAUGAUUUUAUGCUUUCCUGUGAACUUUCCAGAACAGUUAGAUUAGAGUGUAAAAAAAAAAAAUUAAAACAGAGAUCAGCAGCUGAAGCAUAUGAUCACGUGGAGGUGGAGAGCUAGAAAUAGCACAUGGGAGAGCCACUGAAAAGGGGAAUGGCUGACAUGCGUUAAGCCACAUUUCAAGUCGAAGUGCCUCAGGGGGCCUACUCAUGGCUUGGACUGGCCCUAUUUGUUGGGUGUAUGAGGAGAAGAGGAUGUUGUCCAACACCAAGAGCACAGUCCCAAGCUUUUUUUAAACCUGUUGGAAAAUUUGGAUAAUUACACGGAGCACAGAGAGAAACCAAGUUUUAUGCUUUGACAGUCCAAUUCCAGGUUCUACACAGGUCUUGAACAGCUAUGAGCUGCUCUGUUCAUAGGGCCAGGCGAAUAAAGCACAUCUGCUGCUUUCUUCUCUUUGUCACCCUAACCUUCAUAAUUUCAAGAGAUUUGUCAAAUACUGUCCAUUAUCCAGAGGACAUUGAGGAAGAGCUGAGACAUCUUGUGGAUGUAGAUUUCACACUAAACUUCAGUGCCAGACCGGAUGUUCGGACAAAAACUUCUUGGGAUGCUCCUAUCCUGUGGCAGGGAAUGUUUAACCCUUCUAUUUAUGACACAAUACACAUUCAACUUGAGUCGUCUAUAGCAGUCACUGUGUUCGCUGUUGGCAGAUACCUUGACGUCUACCUGGAAACCUUUCUUACCUCUGCAGAAAAAUAUUUCAUGGUAGGAUUACCUGUCACUUAUUAUGUGUUUACUGAUUCACCAGAAAAUGUAUCAAUCGUAGAGCUGGCUUCUCAGAGACAUGUGAAUGUUAAAAAAGUGGAAAAGCUCAGUAGGUGGCAGGACAUCUCCAUGAUGCGUAUGCAGACAAUAUCGAAGCUGAUCGAAACAGAGAUUCGUCACAGCUUCAGGUACGUCUUUGCCUUUGAUGUAGAUCAAGUGUUUAAAGCGAGGUUUGGCUCUGAGGCUCUGGGCCAGUCUGUGGCUUUGCUCCAUUCCCACUUUUAUAAGCUUCCAAAGUACAGGUUCACCUAUGAUAAAAACCUAGACUCGGUGGCGUUCAUGGAAACAGGAGAUUUUUAUUACCAUGCUGCUAUCUUUGGAGGAUUUUGGGAAAAUGUGAAGAAUUUAACAGACACCUGCCAUCAGAGCAUCAUGGAGGACAAGAAAAAUAAUGUAGAGGCCAAGUGGCAUGAUGAAAGUCACUUGAACAAAUACUUUUGGCUUCACAAACCAACCAAGCUGCUCUCUCCAGAGUAUUGCUGGGACAAGAGACUUCAUAACGAGAAAAGGCACAUACGCAUCAGCCGCCUGGUCUGGGCAGUGAAACAGUAUGACUCCCUCCGUGAUUUCAAGUGACCUACAGUAUGAGUCUUCAACUCUGCAACUAUGUGCACUCUUGGUUUUAUUUAUGUAUUUAAUACCCGGCCUUUCAUAAAAAAAGGUCUUUUUGACAUGUUUCGACAUUUCAUACAGCAACACAAAAUAGAAAAGGUAGAAUAUAUUUGUGUCAUAAGAGGUGACUAAAUUGAACUCAUCUUUAGACUCCAUAUAACUGCAGUACACCUGUAUACAGUGCUUUGGAGUUUCACAGAGGUCAGAAACAGUUGUUGGUAUCUUUUUUCCUAAAGUAUUCCUGUGAUAUAUCCUUGAAUAAACUUUUUUUAUCUGUGUCAUUUGUUAGUUUAUGGUAUAAUGCUAUGGCUAUGGUUAUUUGGAUUUGUGCUUUUAUUGCUUAAAGUGUUACAUGAUCCUUUAUGGUUUUCAUCUGAGAUAUGAAAGCUUGAGUAACCUUAAUGAUAAUGUAGUUUUCUUACCUUUAGGCGUCUAACUUUAAAUUCUAAGUUCUUGUUAGAUGAUCCAACAGGAAGACAUCAUUUUCAGUUUGCCAAGAAAGUAUUAAUUAGAUAUUUAAUGAUAUAGUAAUGAGAUAUUUAUUUCAAUCUCUGUAUUCAUAUUAUUAAUGUCUCUUUAUGACAAAACACAUCUUCAAUUAACAAGAUUAGGCAUUGCACAGUACAGUGCUUUAUGAGAGUAGAGCCAAUGUGUUGCUAACCAUAUCAUGUGGUGAAAGAAAUACAAGCAAUUAAACCUGUGAGUUUUAUUGGUUUGAGUCUCUCUAUUGAUUAGUACUAGGGUAACCAACACAUUUACUUUAAUCCUUGGCUAAAUCUUUUGUUAGUCUACCCUGAAGUUCACUGAUGCUGCUGUUACCCAACCUUUUUUGUACCAAGGACCGAUCGGCCAGUAUCAGCCAUUACUGCAGACCGGUAAUACCCCAUCAUCCUUGAAGGAUCAAUCAUUUUUUCAAAAUAAAACAUCUUUUAGAUUUCAUUCUGUUGAGUCUGUAUGACCUUUUGUUUUGAAACAUUGCCAGAUUAUCUUGUAAUAA